GUACAUGAUGAAUGUGACGUGGGAUGGCAGAGACUUGUCAUUCACGGAGGACGGCUACCAGGAAAAUCCAAAGCUGGUGGUCAUUGUUCUCAACAAGGAGAGAGAGUGGGAGAAGGUAAGAUCAGUAUAUGUGGGCAUCUUGGGCUUGGUUAGUGCUUGUCAUGAUGCUGAAACGGACCUCUUGAAGUACAUGAUGAAUGUGACGUGGGAUGGCAGAGACUUGUCAUUCACGGAGGACGGCUACCAGGAAAAUCCAAAGCUGGUGGUCAUUGUUCUCAACAAGGAGAGAGAGUGGGAGAAGUAUCCAGUCUGGCCCCGUUUCAACUCCUUCGGUGAUGCCGAGCUGGACGACAACCACCUGUCCAUCGUCACUUUAGAGGAGAAACCUUUCGUCAUUGUGGAGGAUGUGGAAAGACUCACGGGCACCUGCAUGAGAAACUCCGUGCCCUGCCGGAAGCAUAUCAAAGACAAUACAACUGAGGCUGGUGGGACCUACAUAAAAAAGUGCUGCAAAGGUUUCUGCAUUGAUAUUCUCAAAAAAAUUGCUAAAUACGUGAAGUUCACCUAUGACCUGUACCUGGUUACAAACGGCAAGCAUGGCAAGAAAAUCAACAAUGUUUGGAAUGGGAUGGUGGGAGAGGUGGUCUAUAAGAAAGCCGUCAUGGCCGUCGGAUCACUGACGAUCAAUGAGGAGCGUUCUGAGGUCAUCGAUUUCUCCGUCCCGUUCGUUGAAACUGGGAUCAGUGUCAUGGUCUCACAGCCAUUCAGUGCAUCAGUGUGGGUAAUGAUGUUUGUGAUGCUCCUACUGGUGACUGCAAUGGCUGUCUUUAUGUUUGAGUAUAUCAGUCCUCUUGGCUUUAACAGAAACCUGGCUCAGGGAAAAGACCCCCAUGGUCCCUCUUUCACCAUGGGCAAAGCAGUGUGGCUGCUGUGGGGUCUGGUCUUUAACAACUCUGUGCCAGUUCAAAACCCAAAGGGAACCACCAGCAAGUUCAUAGUGUCAGUGUGGGCCUUCUUUGCUGUCAUCUUUCUGGCCUCCUACACUGCCAACUUGGCUGCCUUCAUGAUUCAGGAAGAGUUUGUCGACCAAGUGACUGGGCUCUCAGACAACAAGUUUCAGAACCCAUAUGCAUACUCACCUCCAUUCCGCUUUGGGACGGUUCCAAACGGAUCCACCGAGAGGAACAUAAGGAAGAACUACCCGGCUAUGCACCAAUACAUGGUGAAGUAUCAUCAGACUGGAGUCGUGGACGCACUUGUCAGCCUCAAAACAGGCAAAUUGGAUGCCUUCAUCUAUGAUGCAGCGGUGCUAAACUACAUGGCUGGAAGAGAUGAGGGAUGUAAGCUGGUGACCAUUGGCAGCGGGUACAUCUUUGCGACCACCGGUUACGGCAUUGCUCUGCAGAAGGGCUCCUACUGGAAGCGACAGGUGGACCUGGCUAUCCUGGCUAUCAUUGGAGAUGGUGAGAUGGAAGAACUGGAAGCCCAGUGGCUGACAGGAAUUUGCCACAAUGAGAAGAAUGAGGUGAUGUCCAGUCAGCUGGACGUGGACAACAUGGCAGGCGUCUUCUACAUGUUGGCCACUGCUAUGGGGCUCUCCCUCAUUACCUUUGUCUCGGAGCAUCUGUUUUACUGGAGGCUUAGAUACUGCUUCACCGGAGUCUGUUCGGGCACGCCAGGCCUUCUCUUCUCCAUCAGCAGGGGAAUCUGGAGCUGCAUCCAUGGAGUCCACAUUGACAUGAAGAAAAAGACAGAUCUUGACUUCAGCCCCCAGGACAAAAUGCUGAAGCUCAUUAAGUCUGCCAAACAGAUGACCAACAUGUCUAAUCUGAGUGGCUCCCGCAUGAACUCACCCAAACGAGAAUUCAUGCACUCAGCUGGCCCUAUGAUCAUGGACAUGAUGGCAGAGAAGGGCAACUUUAUCUAUGCUGACAACCGAAGCUAUGCUCCCAAAGACAUGAUCUAUGGGGACACGGGUGACUUGCAGUCUUAUCUUACUAACCGCCAUAAGGACCACCUUAACAACUAUAUAUUCCAAGGUGGUCAGCAUCCUUUGACCCUGAAUGACGCCAAUCCGAAUACGGUGGAGGUAGCAGUGAGUGCUGACGCAGUCCAGACCAAUGCCAAACCGCCGCGUACUCUGUGGAAGAAGUCGAUGGACACGCUUCGCUCUGCACCUCCAGGGCCCUCACCGAUGCCUGACAUGCUUAUGCCAGACCCACGACUGUCCAUGAAAACACAGCGCUACCUCCCCGAGGACGCAGCCCAUUCUGACAUCUCCGACUGUUCAAGCAGGGCAGCGUCGUACAAGGACCCAGAAAACAACAAGCACCUGAAACCCAAGGACAACUUAAAAAAAAGAUCGGUGACGUCAAAAUACCCAAGGGAUUGCAGUGAAGUUGAGCUGUCCUACUUAAAAACUAAGCAGGUCAGUGGCGGAACCAACCAAUCUGGAAGAGGAGUAGGAGAGAAAAUUUACACUAUUGACUCGGACCGAGAUCUGAGUCUCCAUUCAGACCCCAUGCACUAUCACGAAAGUCACGGUCUCGCCGCAGAUGAUUUAGAUUACCCUGAAAUUUACUCCGACCAAAGUGAGAAUUACAGAAAAUGUGAGCAACCCAUUAUUCAUCUGAAUUCGUCCCCCUUGCAUCACACAGAUUCUGAUCUUCUGCCGGACUCAGCCUACUCCAAGCACUACAACCUGAAAGAAAAAAACCUUUCUCUGUCCCCUCAUGAAUCCAUUGACCGCUACAAACAGACACACUGCCGUUCCUGCUUAUCCAAAGUGACCGCUAGCUACCAGCCUGGAGGGUCAUACACCCCUGCUGCGACUUCCUCAGCUUCUGGCACACGCUCCCCUUACAAUCGCUGUGAGGCAUGCCUACACACAGCCAACCUAUAUGAUAUUAGUGAAGACCAGCUCCUCGCCGACCCCUUGGGCAGUCCUACCCUACACCACCAAGAGCAGCAGGAGCCAGACGAAAUGUUUGGUCUGUAUUGGCCUCAGACAGAUGGGCCGCAUGUUCAAAAGAGAAACCGCUUGAGGCUGAGCCGUCAGCACUCCUUUGACAACAUCAUGCUUGAAAAGCCUAAGGAUGUGGACCUGGGCCGACCAGCGCGCAGCGUUAGUCUGAAGGAGAAGGACCGCUUCUUGGACUCCACAUCUGACUCACACUAUGCGAACCUCUUCGGCAUGCGUCCCUACUCUGGUCGAUUAUUUGGCUCUGGAUCAAAAUCAAUGUUCUUUAACCACAACCUGGAAGAGAGCAAGAGGAGCAAGUCCCUGUACCCAGCCCAUGUUUCGGACAACCCUUUCCUCAGCCACUCGUUGAGGGAUGAUACCAGCAGCAGACUGGUCCAUGGGCGUAGCUCCUCUGAUAUUUACAAACAGCUGGCAGGAGGUUCUCCUGUGGCAGCCCUUGGAGCAGCCCCCAUCAAAACGCGCAAUGAUGCGAACAAUCUCCGCUCUUCUGUUAAAUCCACCUCUUCAUACUGCUCAAGGGAUGGGCGGAUAGCUAAUGACAUGUACAAUAAAGAGCAUGUGAUGCCUUACUCAUCCAAUAAGACUAGUGCAUACCCAGGGUCGCGUGGCGUCCUAAACUCAGCCCAGUUCAGCAAUAGACGGGUGUAUAAAAAAAUUCCCAGUCUGGAGUCAGAUGUU